AUGUCCUUGACCAUCAACACACUGGACAAAAACAAAGACAAUGAAAAACGUCUUAGCUUAGAAUUACCCAAACCAGAAAUUUUAAUAUAUCAACAUCCCGAAACCGAUGAGUCGUUUCUCGAAGAACAUCCUUCGAAAGUCGUUGAAGUGAUCGAGUGUCUGGAAGCGAUAGAAAAUGCCAACAAGACGGAUUUGUCAAAAAACAGGAAAAAGUCGACGCUUAACAUAAACGAAUUUCCAUUCCUGGUAACACAGCGAAAUGAAAGGAGCACUACAACUUUUCGUCGAGCUAAAACAAAGAAUGUCCCGAUCAAUACAAAUCAGUUUACUUUUAUGCGUCAAGUCAAUCCAGAUGCCGAGGAUCGAAUUUUGGCCCGAAAACAGCGAGAAGAUGUGGCCGAAACAUUUCGGCGGAUGGGAAAUUUUGAGUAUCGCAAAUCAAACUUUGCUUUGGCCAAAAACUACUAUACAAAGGGUCUGGAAUAUAUUAAAGACACGCCUGUUUUGUAUGUAAACAGAGCCAUGUGUUCCAUCAAGAUGCGUGAAUUGAAGCAUAGUAUCAUGGAUUGUGACUAUGUACUAACACAUGUGGAUGAAAGAUAUCUGCGUGCUUGGCUUUAUCGGGCAGCAGCCUAUAAACGCUUGAAUGACGAGACUAACUAUGAAAAGAGUGUUGAUCAGGCUAGGCGAUUAAACAGAUCACAAGCCGAAUUUAUCGAGGAUUUUUUAGAAAAAAUGCGUUUGCUACUCUAA